UCGCCCACAGUUCCCCGGGUGCCAUCUUGGUUCUCCCGGAGGACGGGAGGGGCGUGCCGGGGGUGCGACUGGGCGGAGGAGAUUUGGAAGUUAGCUUCUAGGAUUGUAGUGUUCAUCUUUACUUGAUGCCCCUCCCCGAGUUUAGGUGCGCAAGGACUACUGCUGAGUGAAUAUGAUGGACCCUAGGCGAAAAGACAGUUCUGCUGGCCCAGUUCUCGAGGGGGUGUGUGACGGCAGAAAGGGAAAGUAAUGGUUACCAUCUGGUGAGAAGUGUGAGGAUAAUUUCAAGUCCUUUCACCGCUGUGGAACAGAUGAUGGAGGACACCCAGGCUAUUAACUGGGAGGUUGAAGAAGAGGAGGAGACAGAGAGACCCAGUGAAUCCUUGGGGUGUAGCUUGGCGCCCGUAGGGCAACUGCGUAUCUUCAGUAGUGCCCAUGGACCAGAAAAAGAUUUCCCACUCUACCUCGGGAAGAAUGUGGUAGGCCGAAUGCCUGAUUGCUCUGUGGCCCUGCCCUUUCCAUCCAUCUCCAAACAACAUGCAGUGAUUGAAAUCCUGGCCUGGGGCAAGGCACCUAUCCUCCGGGAUUCUGGGAGCCUCAAUGGGACUCAAAUCCUGAGGCCUCCUAAGGUCCUGAGCCCUGGGGUGAGUCAUCGUCUGAGAGACCAGGAGUUAAUUCUCUUUGCUGACUUGCUCUGCCAGUACCAUCGCCUGGAUGCCCCCCUGCCCUUUGUCUCUCGGGGCCCUCUAACUGUAGAGGAGACACCCAAGGUACAGGGAGGAACUCAUCCCCGGGGGCUCCUGUUGGCUGAGGACUCAGAGGAGGAAGUAGAUCCUCUUUCUGAAAGGCAUGUGGUGAAAGAACCAAGGACCACAUCUUCUUCUUUGGCAACAGUAGUUCCAGAGAGUGAUGAAGAGGGGCCUUCCCCUGCCCCAGGUGGCCCUGGGCCACCUUUUGCCUUCAACUUGGACAGUGACACAGAUGAGGAAGAAAGUCAGCAACCAGCAACAGAGGAGGCCUUCUCAGCUGCCAUGACAGAUGCCACUGUAGAGACAGAACCGCCUAAAGCCAUCACAACUGAAAUCCAGCUUGAAAAGGAUCAGUGUUCAGUGGAGGAAAGGGACAAUGCCACAAAAGUCAAGAGGGAUGCAAGGAAUGAAGUGGUUCCAGUUGGAGUGAUUCUGGAGAGGACCCAACCUGCUGAGGAGGACAGUGACACAGAUGUGGAUGAUGAGAGCAGGCCUCCAGGAAGGCCAGCCGAAGUCCAUUUGGAAAGUGCCCAGCCUUCUGGCUUCAUAGACAGUGAUACUGAUGUGGAAGAAGAGGGGAUCCCCACGACCCCAGCUGUAGUUCCUAUGAAGAAGAGGCAAGUCUUCCAUGGAGAUGAUGCAAAGAGUCCUGGGGCACCUGGCUUGGCGAAUCUGCAGGAGAGCCCAGCUGGUAGUGAUACAGAUGUGGAGGAGGGUGAGGCCCUACUAACGGUCCCUCUGGAGAGAAGCCAAGCCUCCAUGGUGAUCGACAGCAAUACAGAUGACGAGGAAGAAGUCUCAGCAGCACUCACUUUGGCACGUCUGAAAGAGAGCCGAACCCUUACCUGGCACAGAGAUACAGAUGUGGAAGAGGACAAGGCCCAACCUGUGGUCCUUCUGGAGCAAAGCCAAACCUCCGCCAGGAGAGACAGUGACACAGAUGUGGAGGAGGAAGGGCCCCCAGUGGAAAAGAGAGGAACUGUCCCCAAGGAUUGCACAGACAAAGCACAUUCAGAAAAGAGCCAGCCUCCUCUUGGGGACAGUGAUAUAGAGAUGGAGGAAGAUAAGAGCUCACCUGCAGUCCACCUGGAGAGAAGUGAAGCCUCUGCCACAGUGGACGUCAACACACAAGUGAAGGAGGAAGUCCUACCAGGGCCAGCUGUUACACCUCUGGAGAAGCAUCAGGUGCCUGUGGCGUGGACAAAUCAAACAGAUGUGGAAGCAGACAGGGGCCCAGCAAAGCUGCCUAUGGUGUGUCUAGAGGAAGCCCAGCCUCCUCCAGUUGGGGACUGUGAGAUCACAUCCUUAAAUGCCUCAGCAGUGACAGAUGUAAGAAAGAGCCAGUUUCCCACAGGAGGGGAUGCUGGGACGGAAUGGGCUGUGGCUGUUCUUGAGCAGGAGAGAGCUCCUGAGGCGGGGCCCCAGGGUGGGUCACCUGUGGCACUAGUGGAGCAGGGCCUUCUACCUGUCUCAAGGGAAAACCUAACAGGUCUGGUGGUGGACACAGGCACUCCAGGGGAACCCACCCAGCCACGGAGAGAGGGAGCCCAGACCCCCAAAGAAGGGAAGAGAGAACCACGUAUGGAUGGGACCAAGGACUCUGCAGAUGCCCGUGAUGUUCUAAAGGCUGAGAAGUCCACGAUCAAGGUGCCAGCGUAUUCAGUGUCUGAUUCUGAAGAUCUAGACCUACAGGCUACCCAGUGCUUUGUGGAGAAAGAGGGUCAGAGCCUGGAAGCAGUCCAGAGCACGGAGGAUGAACCCACCCAGGCCUUCCUGUUAAGUCCACCCCAAGAGCCUGGCCCUUCCCGUUGCAGCUUCCAGGCCGAAGGUGCCCUGGAUGAGCUGUGGGAGGUCUUGGCUACACAGCCAUACUGUCCAAGAGAAUCUGAGGCCUCUGAGACCCAGCCCAUUGCCGCCCACCUUGAGGCCCAUGGAUCUUGCCCCUCACCACCUAGGGCAACACCAGGAGAACAACAUCCAGAGAGCCCAGUUCAUGCAGAGCCACUGGGGAUUCAAGGAAGAGGGAUGCAGACUGUGGAGAAAGACAUGGGUACACCAGGAGAAACAGCAGACAGGGUGAACCCUGAGAGAGGACCAUUGGAGAGGGCAACCAAGAAACCGCCACCAGAAGGAGAGAGAAAAGAUGUGAUGGGAGAGCAAGAAUUAACUCGGGGGCUACGGGACAGUCAACAAAAACAGGUGUUAGCUAGAGACACUCAGAGACAAGAGUCUGACAAAAAGGUGACAAGUGCAAGUCCCGAAAGUGGUAUGGAGAGUUUGAAGGUAGAAAUUGAGACAGCCAGGGAAAUACAAGAGAAAGAGAGAGAAAAGCAGACUCUUGCAAGAGAAAUAUUUGAAAGAGAAGCAGAGAAAUUAGUACCAGGGAGAGUGUGUGAGGUAGGUGGGUUAGAGGUCAAGGUAUCCAAAGUGAUACAGGAGAGAGGCCCUGAGGCAGGGGAGCCAGAGAGAGGGACCCAGGACCAGGAAGGGCAGGCCUCCAGUCCAACACCAGAGCCUCGGGUGGGGGCUGGGGGCCUUCAGGCACUCGCUUCAGCUGUGGUAGCUUCUGGGAGCCAAUCAGGUGGAGGAAGGGGCGUCCCAGUGAGUCCCAGGAGGCAGGAGAGAGACCACUUGAAUUGCAAGAUGCCACCUGCUGAGAAGGCUUCUAGGGGUGAUCAGGAAUCCCCAGAGGCUUGUCUGCCUCCUGCAGUGACUGAAGCCUCAGCCCCACUCCAAAACCCCCUCAUGCCUCAGAGCCAAAAACAUCCUGCACCUCAGCCUCUGCCUUCCUUAGAGCUGCCCAUUCCCAGGGCCAGGCAAAAUGGGAGUCAGGGAGCCCCAGAGAUUCCUCCCUCAGAGCUGGAGCCUCUGCAUCCAAAACCCAAAGUCAGGCCCCGGGGGUCCUCCAGGAUGUUACCCUCUCCAAUGUCUUCUAUAGCCCCUGAGUCCCACCCUACCACCCCCACAGACCAGCCUGUCAGCCCUGAGCCCACAUCUCGGGCCACUCGGAGCAGAACAUACAGGUCUUCUGAAAUGACCCCUGCACCAGUUGUCCCCACAGCACCUGAGCUGCAAUCUUCCAUCUCCAAAGACCAGCCUGUCACCGCUAAGCUCACAUCUCGGGCCACUCGGGGAAGGACACAUAGGUCCUCUGUCAAGUCCCCUGAACCAGUUGUCCCCACAGCCCCUGAGCUCCAGCCUUCCACCUCUAAAGACCAGCCUGUCACUCCUGAGCCCACAUCUCGGGGCAGGACACAUAGAUCUUCUGUCAAGGCCCCUGAGCAAGUUGUCCCUACAGCUCCUGAGCUGCAACCUUCCGCCUCCAAAGACCAGUCUGUCAUCCCCACACCCAUAUCCCGGGCCACUCGGGGCAGGACACAUAGGUCCUCUGUCCAGACCCCUGAACCAGUUGUCCCCACAGCCCCUGAGUUCCAGCCUCCUACCCCCACAGACCAACCUGUCACCCUUGAGCUCACAUCUCGGGCCACUCGGGGCAGAACACACAGAGCCUCUGUCAAGACUCCUGAACCAGUUGUCCCCACAGCUCCUGAGCUGCAGCCUCCCACCUCCAAAGACCAGUCUGGCAUCUUAACACCCACAUCUCGGGCCACUCGGGGCAGAACACAUAGGUUCUCUGUCAAGUCCCCUGAACCAAUUGUCCCCAUAGCACCUGAGCUUCAGCCUUCUACCCCCACAGACCAAUCUGUCGCUAGUGAGCCCACAUCUGGCGCCACUCAGGGCAGGACACAUAGGUCUUCUGUCAAGACCCCUGAACUAGUUGUACCCACAGGUCCUGAGUUCCAGCCUUCCACUUCCAUAAACCAACUUGUCACCCCCAAACCCACAUCUCAGCCAAGGACACAUAGGUCUUCUGUCAAGACCCCCGAACCAAUUGUUCCCACAACCUCAGAGCUCCAGCCUUCCACCCCCACAGACCAACCUGUCACCCCCAAACCCACAUCCCGGGCCACUCGGGGCAGAAAACAUAGGUCUGUCAACACCUCUGAACCGAUUGUCCCCACAGCCCCUGAGCUCCAGCCUUCCACUCCCACAGACAAACCUGUCACCUGCAAGCCCACAUCUCGGGCCACUCGGGGCAGAACACAUAGGUCUUCUGUCAAGACACCCGAACCAAUUGUCCCCACAGCCCCUGAGCUCCAGCUUUCUACCCCCACAGACAAACCUGUCACCUGCAAACCCACAUCUCGGGCCACUCGGGGCAGAAAACAUAGGUCUUCUGUCAAGACCCCCAAACCAAUUGUCCCCACAGCCUCACAGCUCCAGCCUUCCACCCCGACAGACCAAUCUGUUACCCCUGAGUCCACAACUCAGGAUAUUCGGGGCAGAAAACAUAGGUCCUCUGUCAAGACUCCCCAACCAAUGGAACCCACAGCCCCUGGCCCUGAACCUCCCAGCCAUACAGACCAGCCUGUCACCCCUGAAGCCAUAGCUCCGGCUAGUCAGAGCAGGACACUAAGGACUUCUAUAAUAAGUGCUGUGCCAGUUCCUACCACCCCUGAAUUCCGGUCUCCUGUCCCCACAGACCAGCCUAUUCCCCCUGAGACCAUCCCUCAAGCCAAUUGCAGCAGGAGGCCAAGGGCCACUAGGAAGCAGGGGUCCCCCACAGCUCCCAUUGUCCAUGAACCCUGCUCUGCACCCCCUGAACCUAACUCGAGGAACCAAAGACGAAGAGCAGUGAGAGCAGCUGAGUCCCUUACAACCAUUCCUGAGCCUGCCUUUGCCCAGCUUCCUGAGGCGCCCACUCAUGCUCCCCACAUCGAAAAGGUAGAGGCAGCAGGUACAUCUGGGUUCACCCCAGAGCCCCAGCGUAAGGCCUCUCAAAGCCACAAGAGGCCUUUAGCUACCCUGGAUUUACCCCCACUUCAAAAACGGCUCCAAAGAGGGAAAGUCUCCCAGAAGACAGUGUUCCUCCAGGAAGAGGAAGAUGAUCCCACAGAGAGACCAGGGAAGAAAGAGAAUGUAGUGAUGCCGGGACCAGGCAAGAGAAAGAGAGACCAAGCAGAAGAAGAGGGAAUACUGAGCCGCAGCCUCCGAAGAACCAAACCUAACCAAGAGUCCACAGCCCCCAAAGUGCUCUUCACAGGAGUGGUGGAUGUUCGAGGAGAGCGGGCAGUACUGGCCCUGGGGGGAAGUCUGGCCAGCUCAGUGGCAGAGGCUUCCCACCUGGUGACUGAUCGAAUCCGCCGGACGGUCAAGUUCCUGUGUGCCCUGGGGCGGGGGAUCCCCAUCCUCUCCCUGGACUGGCUGCACCAGUCCCGCAAAGCUGGUUGCUUCUUGCCACCGGAUGAAUACGUGGUGACCGAUCCUGAGCAGGAAGAGAACUUUGGCUUCAGCCUUCGGGAUGCUCUGAGCCGAGCUCGGGAGCGAAGGCUGCUGGAGGGCUAUGAGAUUCAUGUGACCCCUGGAGUCCAGCCACCUCCACUUCAGAUGGGAGAGAUCAUCAGCUGCUGUGGAGGCACUGUCCUACCCAGCAUGCCCCGGUCCUAUAAGCCUCAGAGAGUUGUGAUCACAUGCUCCCAGGACUUCCCCCGAUGCGCCAUUCCAUCUCGGGUCGGGCUGCCCAUCCUCUCACCUGAGUUCCUGCUGACAGGAGUGCUGAAGCAGGAAGCCAAGCCAGAGGCCUUCGUCCUCUCCGCUUUGGAAAUGUCAUCCACCUGAAACCCCACCCUAUUUGCUCCCAGACCAAUAAAUAAAGUGUUAGAAGAUAUAUGGAAGAAAGAAUUUAGGGCUUUAGAAAGGAUUGGGAUGUAUUGAUCUGAUUUGUCUUGGAAUAUGGGUGGAGCUGAAAAGACUUAUGGGUAAACAGAACAAUAGAGAGCUUGGGAGCCACAGAUUUUCUUAAAUGGCCAUUUAAAAUUGGCUAAUCCCAUGCUCAGACAUCUUGAGCAGCUCUAAUCUUUAGUUAGACUGAUGUACAUAUUGCUCCGUGGCAUACACAGUGUCCUGCCUCCCAUUUGGAAGCCAUCUCUUUGUCUUUUCUUACUGGGAUUCCUACUCAUCCUCCAAAAGAUUGUGGAAACAAUUCUAGUGUCAAUAACUUGAAAGGAUGCUCGGAGUGAGUAAAUUUGAGAGUGCAGUUACAGAAUGCUGCUAAAAUAUCUUCCCCUCCUCUGGCUCCAUCUUGUUAGAAGUGUCCUUUAGCUUUGACUUUGAGCAAAUCUCUGCACUUUUCUGGCCUGCUUUUCCAGUCUUUAUAAAAUUAGAGUUUAGGCUUAUCCUCUGUGAUAAAUAAAUAUUCACUCUGUGCCUUAUGGUGUAGUGUAGGUUUUUUUUAAUGUAACAUUUCUUAAAUUUAAAUUUUAAAAGUUGGUUGAUUACAAGGAUGUGGAGAAAUUGGAACCUUUAUACAUUGCUGGUGGGAAUGUAAAAUGGUUCAGCCACUGUGGUAAAUAGUUUGACAGUUUCUCAAAAAGUAAAACAUAGAAUUACCAAGUGAUCCAGCAAUUCCACUCAUAGGUAUACAUCCAAAACAAUUAAAACAGUUGUUCAGACAAAUAUUUGUACAAGAAUGUUCAUAUCAGCACUUUUCACAAGAACCAAAAGAUGGAACAACACAAAUGUUCAUCAGUGGAUGAAUGGAUAAACAAAUCGUGACAUAUCCAUACAAUGGAAUAUUCAGCCAUAAAAGGGGAUGAAGUAGGAUGAACCUCAAAAGCAUGCUAAGUGAAAGAAGCCAGACACAAAAAGUCACAUUGCAUGAUUCCAUUUAUAAGAAAUACCUAGAAUAGGUAAAUCCAUAGAAACAGAGUAGAUUGGUAGUUGCCAGGGGCUGGGGGGAGGGCAAAAUAGGAAUGACUACUUAAUGUGUACAGGGUUUAUUUUGGGGUGAUGAAAAUGCUUUGAAACUAGAGAUUGUGGUUGCACACAUCAUAAAUGUACUGAAUGCCACUGGACUGUUCUCUUUAAAAUAGUUAAUUUUAUGUUAUGUGAACUCCAAUAAAAAAGAUGAUUGAUUA